AUGGCUGCAUUAUCGCCAUCAAGAAGGCCGGUACGAUGGCUGACUUCGCUCCUCGCAACGAGCUGCUUGCUGCCGACGACAUGGGCGCAAUAUUACAAGAUAGGCACAAAACAGGAGAUUCUCGAAUCUGCGCGGACGCUUGCCUACGAUAUGAUGCUUCACUACAAAGGAAACAAGACUGGCGAAAUCCCAGGAAUUUUACCAGGGCCGCCCACAGAACACAAGGGUGAUUACUACUGGUGGGAAGGCGGGGCAAUGAUGGGCACAUAUAUCGACUACUGGUUUCUGACGGGCGACACGAGCUACAACCAUGUCAUCAUGGAGGGCAUGCUCCACCAGGUCGGCCCCAACGAAGACUACAUGCCGCCCAACCACACGGCAUCUCUGGGAAACGACGAUCAAGGGUUUUGGGGGAUGUCGGCCAUGCUGGCGGCCGAAAACAAGUUUCCUAACCCCGAGCCAGACCAGCCUCAAUGGCUUGCCCUCGCCCAGGCCGUCUUCCACACACAGGCAGCUCCUGACCGGCAUGACAAAACCUGCAACGGCGGCUUACGCUGGCAGGUGCCUCCUACCAACGCAGGUUACAACUACAAGAACACCAUUGCCAAUGCUUGCUUCUUCGAUCUCGGCGCCCGGCUGGCGCGCUACACGUUCAACCAGACGUACGCCGAUUGGGCCGAGAAGACAUUCGACUGGCUAUGGAAUGUCGGCUACAUCGACCACAGCGACUGGCGCGUGUACGAUGGUGGGCAUGUCGAGAAGAACUGCACCGACAUCAACAAGGCGCAGUUCAGCUACAACGCCGCUCUUCUACUCCACGGCUCCGCUUUCAUGUACAACUACACAAAUGGCAGCGAGGUGUGGAAGGACCGCGUAGACAACUUGCUGACCGGUAUCUUGCGCGACUUCUUUCCCGAGGGCGUCGCCUAUGAAGUACCGUGCGAGGGCCGCCAGGGCGCCUGCACGGCCGAUAUGCUGAGUUUCAAGGGCUACGUCCACCGCUGGAUGUCCACCGUCACCAAGAUCGCCCCGCAUACCACCGAGAAGAUCCUUCCCGUACUGAGAACCUCGACCGAGGCCGCCGUGCGGCAGUGCACCGGUGGUCCCACCGGCCGCCGCUGCGGCUUCUACUGGUCAGGCGGUGUCUUCGUGGACCCGGCCGUGGACAAGACCAGCGGGGCUGGCGAGGCCAUGAACGUCCUCGCCGCCGUGUCGAGCCUGCUCAUCCAGGACACCCCUCCGCUGGCGACCAACCUGACCGGAAUCAGCAAGGGCGAUCCGAACGCUGGCAGCCGCAGCCAAGGCCCCUCAGAACCGCUGUCGCCAAUCACGACGGGUGACCGUGCAGGCGCGGCGUUUUUGACCAUCCUGAUCCUGGGCAGCGCCGUGGGCACCUGGAGUUGGAUGAGCCUUGGCGACUAG